GUUGUGCAAUUCCUCACAUAGAAAUAGUUUGUCCUAAGCAGCAAACGCACUGGACAUCUCAGCAGCACUGGAACAAUGAGAGAAACAAACUCGACUAUGAGUUCAUCAUGCACAGAUGUGAAGUGUGUCUUCUAUUCUGUGGCAAAUAUGAUCAUCUUCAUCCUGGGGAUUGCUGGAAAUGGUUUGGUGAUCUGGAUUGCAGGUUUUAAGAUGAAGAAGUCCGUCAUCGCCACCUGGUACCUGAGCCUGGCCAUAUCUGACUUUAUAAUGUGCUCUACCUUGCCCUUUGGUGUGGUCCAGAAGGUUACAGAUGAGUGGAUCUUUGGGCGCUUCAUGUGCAAAUCCCGGUAUUUCAUCAAGCUUCUCAACAUGUACAGCAGCAUCUUCCUCCUCGUCAUCAUCAGUGUGGACCGCUGUGUGCUUGUUAUGUUUCCUGUGUGGGCUCGGAACAAGCGCACCAUCAGAAAGGCGGCUGUGAUAGUCGCGCUAACCUGGAUCGUCUCAGCAGCGCUUAGCUCACCUGCGGCCAUUUUCCGAGACAUUCAGCACAAAAAGAAAAUAAGAUGUGAAAGAACGGACAUCAAUGAGCAAAGCCAUAUUGCCAUAGUGUCAUGCAGAUUCAUUUUUGGAUUCGCGAUCCCGUUCCUGAUCAUUGUCGUCUGUUCUGUCAUCAUCACGCGAAAGCUGAAGUUCAACCGGAUGACGACGUCCACAAAGCCAUUCAAGAUCAUGGUGCUGCUGAUAGCUGCUUUCCUCAUCUGCUGGUUGCCUUUUCAUCUUUAUUCCUUUUUGAAAAUACAUUAUAGUGACGCUAAUUUUGUCAAAAUCCUAAGAGUAUUUGGCCUCACUUUUGCCAACGCCAACAGCUGUUUGAACCCGCUUCUUUAUGCGUUCAUGGGGAGAGACUUCAAGAAGCAGUGUUAUACGGUUUUGUCCAACAUUGAGAAUGCAAUUGAGGAGGAGGUGGAGGGCAAUGACAGAGUCCAAGGGACAGCUGGCGACACUACCGAGGAAAGUUUAAGUUUAAGUGUUUGAAACAAACAGUUGAAAGGAAAACAACUUCUUACACUUGUAAAAGUGCCUCAAACUGUAGGUACAAAGUGACUACAUUUCAUGACGAGGACUAUGCGUGAAGCUAAAACUGUAAAGGCUUGUAAUGGCUUACUGUUGGUGACAGACACAUGAAAUCAGUAAGGCUUGAUUUCUAAA